AUGACCGUCAUCCAAGAGACUUCGCCCAAGCGGGAAGCGCUACACAUUAUUGAUGACCGCACUGGGUCCUAUUACUCGAUUCCCAUUCAAAACAAUGCCAUCAAUGCCAGCGAUCUGAAGAAGGUCACCGCACCAGAAGAUAAAGCCUACCCUGCCAACCAGACGGAGAAUGGGCUGCGGGUUUACGACCCAGGCUACUCCAACACCGCCGUGAGUCACAGUAAGAUCACCUAUAUCGAUGGACUCAAGGGUACCAUCCAGUACCGUGGGUACUCCAUCAACGACAUCGUCGGACGCAAGACGUUUAUCGAUACCGCGCAUCUGUUGAUCUGGGGCCACUGGCCCUCCGCCGCCGAGGCCGAAACCCUUCAACAGCGCCUCGACCAGGUUCCAGUCCCUGAGGAGUUUGUCUUCAAUGUGAUCAAAUCCUUUCCACGAGAUGGUUCCCUUAUGGGAAUGGUCAUCGCCGGUCUAUCAGCACUCCAGUCCAGUGAUAUGGAGGCGAUCCCCGCUCAUGUGGGAAAGACCAUCUAUUUGAAUAAUCCCGAGCUGGCCGACCAGCAAAUCAUUCGGGUCAUGGCCAACAUGUCUAUGUUGACCGCGGCGGCAUACUGCCAUCACAUCGGACGCGACUUCACUCCACCCCGCUCGGGGCUCUCGUACAUCGAGAACUUCCUGCUCAUGACUGGUCAUGUUGAGGAGACCACGGGUCUGCCAAAUCCGCGAUACGUGAAUGCCAUUGAGCGACUCUGGGUACUGAUUGCCGAUCAUGAAAUGACCUGCUCCACCGCCGCCCUUCUGCAAACCGCAUCCGCCCUACCGGAUGUCAUCUCCUGCAUGGUCUCCGCCAUCUCGGCACUGUACGGUCCUCUACAUGGCGGAGCCAUUGAAGUGGCUUACAAGAACAUUGAGAGCAUUGGCUCCAUCGCCAAUGUACCUGCUAAGAUCGCACGAGUCAAGGCAGGCAAGGAGCGUCUGUAUGGUUACGGCCACCGAGUAUACCGUGUGACGGAUCCUCGAUUUGUCUUCAUUCGCCAAAUUCUCAAUGAGCUGUCCGAGGAAGUCGAGAAGGACCCAUUGCUGAAGGUUGCGUUCGAAGUCGACCGUGUUGCCUCCGAAGAUGAGUACUUCACGUCCAGGAAUCUCCGCCCCAACGCAGAUCUGUUCGCCGCGUUUGUCUACAAGGCUCUUGGUUUCCCGCCCGAAUUCAUCCUGCCUCUGUCGAUCCUCUCUCGUACACAAGGAUUUAUGGCCCACUGGAGGGAGGCCAUGGGCAAUCCCCCAAGAAUCUGGCGCCCCGGUCAGAUCUAUACUGGUGACUUGAACAAGUCCAUGGACGAGUGA